AUGGCCACGUCGCAGUGUUCGGAACGGGGGAGAAAGAUUCUUUGUGUCGGCCUGUGCAACAUCGACAUCAUACAAACGUGUGACACGUACCCGGAGGAAGAUUCCGAUCAACGGUGCCACAACAGUCGCUGGCAACGUGGAGGGAACGCCUCGAACAACUGCACCGUGCUCGCCAACUUGGGGGCGCCCUGUGAGCUUCUCGCUUCCUUCAGUGACUCACCGACAUUCCAGUUUGCUCGCGAUGACCUGGCACGGAGGAAGAUCGAGUUCGGCCACUGCGUGUCCCAUCCCGGUGCAGAGGUUCCGCUUUCCACGGUAUGGCUAAGUCUAGCGACCGGAACACGGACGAUCGUGCACAGCAAUCCCAACUUACCGGAGCUGACGGUGGAAGACUUUGCGCAGUGCGAAUUGUCGGACUAUCGAUGGAUUCAUUUUGAGGGCAGACGGAAUACAACCGCGAUCGUACGAAUGAUCGAAAGGAUCGAUCACUGGAACAAGGCCAUCGUCGACGGGCACACGCCGAAAAUAACGAUUUCAGUUGAGCUAGAGAAGCCGCGUGCUUCGAACCUCGAUCUGCUCGUGGCGGGUAUCGACUAUGUCUUUGUUGGGAAGGAUUUUGGUCGCUUUCUGCACUACGAUAGUGCCCGUGCGGUGGUACUAGGCAUCAAGCGAUCGCAUCCUGGCCACUACGCAGUCAUCUGUCCUUGGGGUUCCAGUGAUACCGUCGCCGUGGAUGCGGAAGGCCGUUGGUUCAGUCAAUGCACUUACCCACCGGCAGCGAUACGGGACAGUCUCGGAGCUGGUGACACUUUUGUAGCCGGAUGCAUAUUUAAACUCGCCCACGACACCGGGGCCACGCUAGCAGAGGCCCUAGAGUUUGGCUCUCGCUUAGCCGGCGCCAAGUUGGCACAUUUCGGAUUUGAUGCGUCAUCGGUGCGAUAAAUUCUAGCUAUUCGGGAUGUUUUAAUGGUUGAUCAUUUCUUCCAUUUUAUUGCUGCUGUCGUAGUCUAUUCGAAAAGAAAUCGAAAACCUUCACAACUCGCUCCGUCCGACGCCAUGGCGGGACAUUCCUCUCCACGCGGUUAAAGCACACGCGGUGCACUCGCGAAACAUAGCAACCGCGGAAAUACGUGUCGCGGCCGGCUACGAUCGGUUUUUGUGUUGCGAUGUUGAAUAAUGAGCAAACGUUGGGCGUAUUAAGUAAACGACACGACCGUGUGGUCAAAUCAAGGUCCAAAACGGGUUCCCCCUCUGACGAUGUUGUUUUUUUGUUAUCUUUUUCUUAAACGAAACUUGUUAUACACUAAAUAACCCACAAAUAAUGCUACAGUGUUGUUAUGAUCCCUACAAUCGGUCCACACACACACAUACACACUUGUUUCACACAUGCACACACGUGCGAAAUAUAUUGUUUGCUGCCAAUAAGGAUGCUCCGUGCUGGU